UCGAAACUUUUCCGCCAGUAGAACAGAAGCAGAAUGCGUGAAAUCGUGCAUAUCCAGGCCGGGCAGUGUGGCAACCAGAUCGGGGCCAAGUUCUGGGAGGUAAUUUCCGACGAGCACGGAAUCGAUGCGACCGGUGCGUACUGCGGGGACAGCGAUCUGCAGCUGGAGCGAAUCAACGUGUACUACAACGAGGCCACCGGAGGAAAGUACGUCCCUCGUGCGGUUCUGGUCGAUCUAGAGCCGGGAACAAUGGAUUCCGUUCGAGCCGGCCCAUUUGGUCAACUGUUUCGGCCGGAUAACUUUAUUUUUGGGCAAUCCGGUGCCGGUAACAACUGGGCCAAAGGACACUACACCGAGGGUGCCGAACUGGUCGAUUCCGUGCUGGAUAUAGUCCGUAAGGAAUGCGAGGGCUGCGAUUGUCUGCAGGGAUUUCAGCUCACACAUUCGCUAGGCGGCGGAACUGGCUCAGGCAUGGGCACGCUGCUGAUCUCGAAAAUUCGCGAAGAAUAUCCCGACCGUAUCAUGAACACGUUCUCUGUCGUUCCUUCGCCCAAAGUGUCCGACACCGUCGUAGAGCCAUACAACGCUACGUUAAGUGUCCAUCAGCUAGUUGAAAACACCGAUGAAUCGUUCUGCAUUGACAACGAAGCCCUGUACGAUAUUUGCUUCCGAACGUUGAAGCUAACCACUCCUACAUACGGUGAUUUGAAUCAUCUGGUCUCGGCGACGAUGUCUGGUGUUACUACGUGUUUGCGCUUUCCGGGUCAGUUGAAUGCAGAUCUCCGCAAAUUAGCAGUCAAUAUGGUUCCAUUCCCACGGCUACACUUCUUCAUGACUGGGUUUGCCCCGCUGACGUCUAGAGGAUCGCAACAGUAUCGUGCGUUGUCCGUCCCGGAACUGACACAGCAGAUGUUCGACGCUAAAAAUAUGAUGGCUGCCUGCGAUCCUCGACAUGGUCGAUAUCUAACGGUCGCGGCCAUCUUCCGAGGACGAAUGUCCAUGAAGGAGGUCGACGAACAGAUGUUGAACGUGCAGAACAAAAACAGCAGCUACUUCGUGGAAUGGAUUCCCAGUAACGUGAAGACGGCCGUGUGCGAUAUACCGCCACGUGGCUUGAAGAUGUCGUCAACCUUCAUCGGUAACUCGACAGCUAUUCAGGAAAUUUUCAAACGGAUCGCCGAACAAUUCACGGCCAUGUUCCGGAGGAAGGCCUUCCUGCACUGGUACACCGGUGAGGGCAUGGACGAGAUGGAGUUCACCGAAGCCGAGAGCAACAUGAACGACCUGGUGUCGGAGUAUCAGCAGUACCAGGAAGCCACGGCCGACGAGGAAGGAGAGUUUGACGAAGAAGAGGAAGGUGCCGAUGAAUAAUAACAUACAGAUACGGUUGAAAUU